UUAUGUAUGAUAAUAAUGAUACUUUUAGCUUUAUUGUUGCUAGAUUAUUGGUAUUGGACGCUUGUGUUAUUGCGCCCUUAACAUGUACUACGUAAUAAUGGCCAUUGUAUUUGAGUAAAUCCAAGUUACUCACUUUGAGUAACAUGAAUUGUUACUCAAAGGGCAUGUUAGUAAUUUUCAGUGGCAUUAGUAAGGGCAAAUUAGGACAAUUUUUUUUGUACUCAAAUUGAGUAGAAACAGUGGUGUGGAAGAAGCAACUUCAAUGGAGCUCAAGACCGGCCUUCAAUGGGGAAAUUUAGUGGAAGAAGACGACACCCCUACCAUUUGGGGUUAACCUUCUCUAGUGACUUAGGAGGAAGAAGACCAUGACAACAACUCCGAUUGUGGCUCUCCGGUUUCUUUCGAUUGCUUUUGCUUUCUCUCUCCUUGACCAGUGCUUUAGAAUACUAUUAUUUUUGUAUUUCAAAGCAAGAUCACAUUGCCAUUUGAGUAACAACCUUUGUUACUUUUUAUUUUUGAAGACAUCAGCCUUUGUUACUCAUUAUGAGUAACCAGGAUGAACUCACUUUAUUUUCCUCUUUUAGAAUAAGAGUUUAAACACGGUUUUUAACCAACUCAAAAACAAACAUAAAUAAACUUGUAAAUUAAAACAAUUGAGUUGUUUGUGUAUGAGUGUGUGUGAGCUAAGAACACGUAAAUAUUCAAGGUAGACUCAACUUUUUUCUUUUGACGAAUUUUUAUUCAACCACAUUUAUUUAUUAGUGAAUUAAUUAGUGAAUAAAUAAUGACCGAACUUUUUACAAAUAUAUUGACUGAUAGACAACCUUACACGUAGCCGAAGAACAAACAAAGAAAUGGUCCAAACUAUUGCUUAAAAGUUACUCGUACUCUACCAAGGGAAAGAGUAGAAUUGGAAGACCACCCUUAAAUUCUCACUUCGUUUGUCUUCAUUUGCAAAAGGUACAACACUGACCGUUGACUUGUUGACUUAAAAAGUCAAAGUUAUCACCUUCCUCGAACCUACCUUUCUUUUACUAUGAUCACUCCAUUGAUUGAAAACAUUCUCACUCACACAAUAUUAAUCCUAUUAUUAGCUUCCAUUUUUUAAUUUCUCCUCAAAAAUGGAUCAACGUCUUGAAUUCUUCAUUGCAGGACUAGGUUGCUUCAUUCUUCUUAUGUCUCUCCCCCUCCUCCUCAUGAUCCUAUGUGCUAAAUGCAAACCAAACCACCACCGCCGCCAUCGUAGCCAGCUCCCCGUGUCGCGUUCUACCUUGCCACCCGUCGAUGGUUCGCCCUAUAUCUCCACCUCCUUUGAUCCGGUUCUUUGCCACCUCUCCAUGCCUGAGCUCUUCGAAGCUACGAACGGGUUUGAUCCUAAGCUCAUCAUAGGGGAUGGUAGUUUUGGCCUUGUUUAUAAAGCUAAGCUACCCUCCGGUGUCACUGUCGCGGUUAAGAAGCUAGGGGAGGAUGCUUUCCAAGGGCUUCGUGAGUUUAGGGCGGAGAUGGAAACCUUGGGGAGACUUCGUCACCAGAAUAUUGUAAAGAUUUUAGGUUAUUGCGUGUCGGGUUCAGAUCGGGUUCUUAUUUAUGAGUUUGUUGAAAAAGGGAGUUUGGACCAAUGGUUACAAGACAUGUCAUCGUUGUCAUUUAAUUCUUGGUGGGUCCCUUUGUCUUGGGAUUUGAGGGUUAAGAUUAUUAAAGGGGUGGCUGAUGGGCUUGCUUUUUUACAUGGACGGGAUGUUGCAGUUGUACAUAGAGAUAUUAAGGCUAGUAAUGUGUUAUUAGAUAAUGAAUUUGAGGCUCAUAUUGCCGAUUUUGGUUUGGCUAGGAGGAUUGAAGGGGCUAACUCCCAUGUUUCCACCCAAGCCGCCGGGACCAUGGGUUAUAUGCCUCCAGAGUACCUAUGGGGUUACCCGAAUGCUAGUGUGAAAGGUGAUGUGUAUAGCUUCGGAGUUUUAAUGUUCGAGGUGGCUACAGGGAAGCGGCCUAAUUUGCCCGUUCGGGACGACGGAUGUGAAAUUUGGAUGUUGGAGUGGGCUAAGAAAAAAAUAGGUGAAAGAAAACAUGUUGAUGUAUUAGACAUUAGUGUACCUAGGAAAGACUUGAGAGAAGAUGAGGUUUAUGAAUUUUUUAAGAUUGCCAAUUUGUGCACUAACCAAAGGCCUAACGAACGUCCUUCUAUGUGCAAUGUUGUGGAAAUGUUAAAUCAUAUUAGUGUAGAUUCUCAAAAAGUGUAAGAUUAUAUGUAGUUUUGAAAAAAUAAAAAUUAUUUUAAUAGAAUUCAAGUUGCUUAAAGAAGAAACAUAAUGAAUA